AUGGCGGCAGUUAAACCAAAUACCAAUUGGGCGGAAGAUGAUAUUGAAGCCGAUGAGCUUCCGCAACCCACCGAAACUACCGAUCCCAACACUGGUAUCACAACUAUCAUUAGCUGGAAAUUAGACGAACAAGAUAGGAAAGUGAAAGUGACGAGACGUAUAAGGAGAAGAGUGCAGACUCAGGUGGUAUCGCAUUCCGUAGCUGAGAGGAAAGGAUGGGCCAAAUUCGGUUUAGAUAAAGGAAAACCAUCUGGACCCGAUAGGAAGACAACCAUCAUUGGAGAGAACUUGCAUUUCAGAAUCGCACCAGUCAGCAAGGCCGAACCUGAACAAGCUGAUCCAGUAGCUUCUAAACCAACCGCUGGUAAAGCAGUUGUCUGUCGACUUUGUCAAGGUGGACAUUUCACUGCCAAGUGUCCAUACAAGGAACAAUUGGCUGUUAUCGAUAAUAUGAACACGGAAGGUCUGGACGAAGAGGAAGAUGCUGGUGGAGCAGGUGGUUUGGCUCCUAAAGGUGCUGGUGGUGCCGGUGGUAAAUACGUACCUCCCGGUCAACGUGCAGGUGGUGGUGCAGGAGAAUCCAUGUUCAGAUCUCGAGACGACUUGCCAACAUUACGAAUCACCUCAUUAUCCGUUGACGCAGAGGAAGACGAUGUUAGAGAAUUGUUCGCCAAAUUCGGUCAUAUUGCUAGAGUCUCGGUUGUCAGGGAUAGGGAGACUAGACAAAGUAAAGGUUUGGCAUUCGUCAGUUUCGAAAGCAAGGCGUCUGCAGAGGAAGCUAUUAAGAAGAUGAAUGGAAGAGGUUAUGAUUCGUUGAUCUUGAAUGUUGCUUGGUCACAACCACGAGGAGAUCGAGCAUAA